UAAUGAACUUCUUCCUAGCUUAGAAUUGAUCUCUGUUGCACAGCUGAAAUUAAGUUCAUGUGAGGAUAAUCUUAGGUGUGGGCAUGGAAUGAGGUCAGACACCCACUAACAUGGAUAGGGGAAAAAAUCUGAAAGUUAAGUAGAGAUAGUUUUUGAUACAAAAUUCAUUAUCUUAUUGCAAUCUCACUGAACAGACUGAAAUCUUUCCUCUUCAGGUAAAAUAAGGGGAAAAGAGUUUUAGCCAAAAUAAGAGAUAUAAAGAAAAUCUGGAGUGGAUACAAAACAAGCAUUGCUUUAUCUGCACUAGAGGUACUUAGUAGUAAAUGGUGAGCUCUCUCAUCAUGAGGGCUGUAGAAAUCAUUGAAUCACUUUCAUUGAUGAUGCUGAUUUGAUGGUGCAGAGAGAAAAAGGCAGCAAUGGAAAAUGCUACUCAGUGAGCUGAUGCUUCUCAUUUUCAUCUCAGUUGCACAAUUAAACACAUUAACUGCCUGCUUUACUUUCUUAAACUCUCCAAAUUCUUACCAUUGCCAAUACCAACAUGAAAGCUAUUUUGCGGAAAGCUUUUCUGUGAAGAUGAACUAGUGCUUAAUGUGCUAACCUGAGAACCAGAAACAAUGGGGCUGAAGAGGCAUGUUUCUGUGGCCAGUCUGUCCUAUCCUGUUGAGAAGAUAAAGGUCAGAUCACUGCCCACCUGUGGCUGUUUUGCUUUGGGAUCAGAGCUCAUAUCUGCAGUUGCCCACCUUGCCAGGCACCCAUCCAAGCCUCUCUAUCACUCCUCUGUGCAACUGAACAAGGGAGAGAAAAUAUUAAAAAGGGUUCAUGGAUUGAGAUGAGGACCAGGAGAGAUGUCUCACCAAAUAUAGUCAUGAGCAGAACAGACUCAGCUUGGGGAUAUUAACAGAAUUUAUUACUAACAAAAUCAGCAGGACAAUGAGAAGUAAAAGCAGACCUGGAAAACACCCUCCUUCUCAGCUCUACUUCCUCCUCCAGUCCAGUGGCAGGGGGAGAUGGGGCAUAGUGGUGUGAUCAGUUCAGCACACAUUGUUUCUUUCCCUGCUCUGAUGUGCAGUCUCUUCCCUGGGAGCUGGUACUCCAUUAAUUUCUCCAGUGUGAGUCCAUCCCAUAGGCAACAGUUCUUCAGAAAUUACUGCAACAUAGGUCAUUCUUCGCUGGGUGCAGUCCUUCAUGGACACCCUGCUCCAGCUUGUGUUCCCCAUGUAGUCACAAGUCCUAGCAGGAGACCUGCUCCUGUGUGGGCUCCUCUCUCCAUGGGUCCGCUGGUCCCUGCCAGGAUCUUGUUCCAGCACAGACCUCCCUCAGGUUCACAGCCUCUUUUGGGCAUUAAACUGCUCCAGCACGGGUCUUCUUCAAGGGCUACAGGUGGAUCUCUGCAUCCCUGUGAUCCUCCAUGGGCUGCAGGGGCACAGCUGCUUCACCACGGACUUCACCACGGGCUGCAGAGGAACCUCAUCUCCAGUGCCUGGAGCACCUCCUCCCCCUCCUUCUCCACUGACAUUGGUAUCUGCAGAGCUGCUCUUCUCACAUGUUCCCACCCCACUCUUUUCUGGCUCUUUCUCCUUCUCCUUCUCCUUCUUCUUCAUCUUCUUCAUUUUCUUCAUCUUUGUCUUCAUGUUAUCACAGAGGCAUUAUGCUCAUUUCCAGCUGGCCCAGUCUUGGCCAGUGGCACAUCCAUCCUGGACCUGGCUGGCAUUGUCUCUGGCAGACUUAGAGGACGCUUCUGGCACCUUCUCACAGAAGUCACCCCUGCAGUUAUGAGGACCUGGCCAUGCUACCCAAUACAUCAGGUUCUGAUUCCUCCUGCUGCCCUUGGUGACAAACACUGAUGCCGAAGAAGAGCCCAAUAGAAAAGAGAAGGUAGUAGUAUAAAGCCCUGUGCAGCAAUGGGAGGCUUUGAAGACCUCUAAUGGCUAAGAAGUAGCUGCAAGAGCUUACAUAGAAUGAAGAUCCAAGUAAACAACACUUGAGGAGUGGAGAGAAACUCUAACCUAAAUCAUAGAAUCACACAACGGUUUGGGAGGAAAGAGGCCUUCAAGAUCAUCUAAUUCCAACAGACCUGCUAUGGGAAGAGGCAUGUUCCACUAGACCAGAGACAUAUUUUCAAACUGAAGUUUAACAGCUUGGAGAAACCGAUGAAGAGUUCUUGCAUGGUUGUGAGGAUGAAGUGACUCAGAAACAAGAACAGAACUGGAAGGAACUUGCACCAUUUCUGAUGCAAGAGCUGCAGUGUGCCAAUCUGCAGUGACUUUGAUAAAAAUCUCCUUCACAACAACCCAUUGUAAUUCUCUUAAUGUACUGGAAUUAGUUGUCCACAUAACUCUGAAAUGCAAGAUCAAACACAAAAGAAUAUGUUCCAGGAAGAUUUCAGGAACAUGACUGAAGGGACCAGGAACAGCAGUGACUCCUCAUCCGCCUUCGUUCACACCAGCACCGUGAGUGCCAUACUGGUCACUGUCUACUCGGUUGCCUUGGCUGGAGGUGGAAUUGGGUCCAUCACAAUGUCCUUUGUGCUGCUCAAGAUGAACACUCUGUCUGUGACCACGACUGCCAUCAUUAACCUGGUCGUUGUGCACAGCCUCCUCCUCUUCACGGUGCCCUUCCGCCUCCACUAUUAUGUCAAAAAGAAGUGGAUAUUUGAUAUGCCAUUUUGCAAAAUGGUGAGUGCCAUGGUGCACAUCCACAUGUACCUGACCUUCAUAUUUUAUGUGAUCACCCUGGUGAUCCGGUGGCUCAUCUUCUUUCAGUGGAAGGACAAGGUGGAGUUUUACAGGAAGCUGCACGCCAUUGGGGCGAGCGCUGCCGUGUGGCUCUUCGUCAUGGUCUUUGGGGUGCCACUCUUCUACUUCGAGUAUGGACGCUCAGGCUUAUACAAUAAUACAACAUGCUUCAAGUUCCAUAAAGAAUUACAGCACGAGAGUGUGAAAGCCCUGAACUACACUGUAAUUGUAGCUGUUGCCCUCAUUUCUUGCGUCCUCUUGAGCUUGCAGAUUUUUAUCCUGGUAAAAGUGGCGAGAAAAUUUUCCACCUCCCUCUGUUCACAUCAAGAAUUCUGGGCCCAGGUGAAAAACUUGAUUUUCAUCUGGAUCAUCAUAAUUUGGUUCCUUCCCUAUCACCUGUUCAGAGCCUACUACAUACAGCAUGUGAGUGAUUUUGACCAGUUAGAAAGCUACAAUGAGGUUUUUUUGAGCCUGACUGCCCUGAGCUGUCUGGACCUGCUGUCAUUCGUGCUGAGUGGAAGUCGCUUCUUCAAGCAAAAUGUGGGGAUGCUCCACAGGAGGUUGCCUUGCUGCUAGCAUCAGCAUCCUUCAGCGUGUGCAGGAGCUGGGAUAGAACAGUGAUGGAUAGACAGAGCAAAUGCACUCCUCAGCAAGUGAGGGCGUGCUCUGGAAAUGGUGCAACACACUCGCACAGGGUUUUGCAUAUCAGCUUCCUGAAGUAAUGGAACAAACUGCCUCCUGAGUCCGAGUUAGUAAACAGGAAGGUGACCUCAGCAAUUUCCUCAUGGUGCUACCCAGUGAGUUGUGGAUGGACCUGGAGAAGAGGGAAGAAAGGUCAUGGGUUCUUCUCUCUUACUGUUUUUACAUCAAGAUUUGUGAAGUUAAAGGCACUAGGAGGAGACCUGAGAAUUACAGUGUAGAAACACAAAUAAGAAAGCUGGUUUAUAUGGACUGAGGUACAGAUUUAUGAAACUUAAAGAUCUAUAUAAUUUUCCCAUACAUUUCAUAUUUAUUUCCCACAAGCUCUUAUAAAAUAUUAGGGAAGAUAUUGUUCUUCUUGAGUAGGUCUGUUUCUUCAUUGUUAUGCAUAACUUUCUAAGUGAAUUGAACUGUUAAACCAGAUAUUUAAAACUGAUUCAAUGAUAGAUAGUUAUUUCUUAAAAUAUUUUCUCAAAAAUCACUUUUUGAGAUGAUACCACUGCAGCAGAAAACAAUAUUCUCUUUCUCAUAUUAUGAAAAUAUGUCUAAAAAAUUAUACAUGCUUACUGAAAUGGACAUUGCAAAUUCAAACAAAAACCUGUAUUAUUAUUCACAAAAUUUUUCAAUUAAAAGUAAUAUUUUACAGUCAGGACAAGUUUUUUUAGAUCAUUCAGACAGAAUUUGUCUUCUCUUCAAAAGACAAAUAUCUUAGAUAUCCAAGGUAGCAAUGUUUCUUUGUAAAUCUUAUGUUGAUUUUGUGCAUUUAUGAAGUUUAUAAGUAGUCACUCACAGUGUCUUUAACUUGAAAGCAAUUCUAUAAAUUUUGUAUCCUGCACUGAUGGAAGGAAUGAAAAUGUUGCUGCUUAGAUUGGAGGGAUGGAAAAAGCUAAUAGUAGCUAAAAAAGCAUAUUCUAUCUCAGUGAGGCAUUGCCAGUUGCUGUCUUUGAAGACAGAAAUAAAUUCCACUAAAAAAGAUGAAAAAUUUGGUAAAAUAUUUCUAUGAGAGACAUUGAAGCUUUCAUAGCUCAGCCAAUUUAUACAUAUCCCUAAAAAAGAACAUAAAUCUUGACUUCUCUAAUGCAAGACAUCAAUGGCGAAUCUUUAUUUUUCUUGCCAUGUGCAUGAGGUCACAUUUUUUUCAUCCAGAGUUAGUGGGAUAAUAAUUUAAUCAUUUAACUAAUUAGAGGUUAUUAGCUGAUCAAUUUCCAUGAGAGUCUUUACUCAUGAUGCUGUUGAAAUCCACCUUUUCACCCCUGUGAAUUUUUCCAUUCCUUUCUGCUUCACCGUCAACAUCUCUUGCACAUCAGACAGCAAUAAAAUAACAAUUGGUUGAUCUUGUUGUAUCUGUGCAAUCUCAUUGCUGUGCUCAUUGCUUUUGGUCCCUCCAAGAUGGUUAUUUUAUGAGAUCCCAUCUCUUCUAUGGUCUUUCUACCUUGUCUUCCUUCCUUCUUGCUUCAAGGUCCUUUAUAUCUAUCAGGAUCUUUGAUCAUAAAAAGGUAUUUUCAGGUCAGAGUAUGAGUGAUGCUGUACAACACCAAAAGGUGGAAAUCACUGAAAUUCACAAUACAAGUGAGGUGUUGGGCAGCUCUCAUAGUUCACCCUUGGCAAAUAGCCUGGACCACAUCUGUUAAGAAAGAAAUGUGAGAGCUUGCAGUAUGUGUGUGCCUGAGAAAAAUCUGUCCAAGAAGGCGUUUGUUCCCAAAAGAUCACAGUAAAAAGGAUGACAACUACCAACCAGAUUCAACAGUAGCUGAGGAACUACUUUCAAAACAUGAAGGGAAUCAACUUGGAUGUGCAGCUCACUACUAGUUAACUGUGUGUCAUUUAGAAAGCAAUAAACUGCUAUUAUCCAGAUUUGUUUUAAAGCUACACAAAAAAAUCAUAUUCUCCUUGUGGCGGGAGAGGAUGGAAAUUGGCAUAACAUUUUUGUUUCCUCCCGUAGCAACGUGGUUGGUUAAAGAAAAUGCCUUGCAUGCAUUCUGUAGGCACUGCAUAGCUUUGUAACAUUAUAUUAUAACCCUUCUACUAUAAUAAAGUUAUUAACAAACAAAAUGACUAUGUGCUGAAAAAGUAAAGUCCCUCCUAGAAAAAUGCACAUAAAUUAGAAGUAUUUUAUCUGCAUUUGGAAUGAAAGAUAAAAUAUUAUUUUAAAAACAGUACCUCCCAACUAUACAGACCAACAAAUCUCGUUCAUCUGUGUUAAAAUCAGAAGUAAUUUAAUUCCUGUAAAAAUGCAAACUUUCACAGUAGCCUGCACUAUAGCAUCACAAAAAAUACUAAUGACUUUUUUUCCCCUAAUAAAAUUUGUUGCUAAUGAUGUUAAUACUAACUCAGCAUGAUAACAAGCUAAUUAGGAGGUCCUAUAAUCACAUGAUUUAAGAUGGUGAUGUUAUCCAGCACCACGUCAUGCCUUUUAUGGGUCUGUCUAUGCAGACUUUAUGUCUACCACUGGUCUUGCUUUGUGAGAGCCAGUGUGUGGCAGAGCAAGCCUUCCCCAGCCCUGAGAGAAUGAUCUCCCUUAACUGUGCCAGGAGUUGACCACUAUAGAAGAAGGGGAAUUUCCAGUUACCUUCAUCUGCUUGGUCAGAGGCACCACAAUCAUGAAGGUGACCUUUU